CCCUGUGAUGCUGCUCUGACCAGACUCUGCCUCAGAGAAAAACAAACACUAACCCAUCCACAUACUCAUACACUGACAGGAAGCAGAGAGGGCUGCUGCUGCUCCUUCCUUCCUCUUUUUCUUACACAGAUACACACUCUUCCACUCCAUCUAAUUGCACAACACCCACCUUGCCUUGCAGCUAAGAGAAGAUCAAGAGGAGGGCACGGCAGGAAUGUGAGUGAGGAGCUGCAUCUGAAAACGCCUGCCCAAAAGGACUCCUCCCUCAUCUGUCUUGGUGAUUAACUCCAGAUCUGCAGCAGUGUGAGACUCCCUGCUGUGUGUUGCUGCACGGGGAAUGCACGGUGGAUAUAGAGACGUGGCCUGAACACAAUGAGCAGCCAGGACAAAUGGGUCACACUGACCCCAGCUGAAUUCGCCUUGCUACAGGAAUACACUCAGUACUCAACCAAGAAGCUGAAGGAUGUGCUGCAGGAGUUCCAUGGAGAUGGUGUGUUGGCUAAAUACAAUCCAGAAGAGAAGCAGGAAAUUCUCAGCCAGGAGAUUGACUUCCAGGGCUUUAAGGUCUUUAUGCAAACAUUCCUGGAGAGUGAACUCCCUGAAGAGUUCUGUCAACACCUUUACAUGUCGUUUAGCAACAAAGGACCCAAACCCAGUCCCUCAUCUUCUGACAAACCUCGAGUCUCUGGACUAAAGCUGAUCAAAGGCAACUCCACCCCUCUGAAGACCCCUACUCUGCCCAGGCCCCUAGAUACAGUGCAGCUUAAGGACAUUGUGUGUUACCUCUCCUUGCUAGAGGGUGGGCGUCCUGAGGACAAGCUUGAAUUCAUGUUUCGACUCUACGACACAGAUGGAAAUGGCUCCUUGGACAGCUCGGAGUUAGAGCACAUUGUCUCCCAGAUGAUGCAUGUCGCAGAGUACCUGGAAUGGGAUGUGACUGAGCUGAAACCAAUCCUUAAGGAAAUGAUGCAGGAGAUUGACUACGAUCACGAUGGUACUGUAUCACUGGAAGAGUGGAUCCAGGGAGGGAUGACCACCAUCCCCCUGCUAGUCUUGCUGGGCCUGGAGACAAACGUAAAAGAUGACGGGCAGCACGUGUGGAGACUGAAGCACUUCAAUAAGCCAGCCUACUGUAACCUGUGUCUCAACAUGCUAAUUGGACUGGGGAAGCAGGGUCUCUGCUGCUCAUUCUGCAAGUACACAGUCCACGAGCGCUGUGUGGCUCGCGCUCCGCUGUCUUGCAUCAAAACCUAUGUCAAGUCCAAGAAAAACACAGAGGUAAUGCAUCAUUUCUGGGUGGAAGGGAACUGCCCCACCAAGUGUGACAAGUGUCACAAAACCAUUAAGUGUUACCAGGGUCUGACUGGGCUCCACUGUGUUUGGUGUCAAAUCACGCUCCAUAACAAGUGUGCCUCACAUGUGAAACCUGAGUGUGACUGUGGACCCCUGAAGGAUCACAUCCUGCCCCCCAACUCAAUCUGCCCCAUCGUCCUGGAAAGACAGUCUACACUGAGGAAGGACUCUCGGUCAAGUCAGUCAGGCAGAGGAAAGAUGCAGAGAGCCAAUUCUGUCACAGUCGAUGGCCAAGGACUGCAGAUCACAACAAUAGAGGGCACUCAUCCUCUGCUGGUGUUUGUCAAUCCGAAGAGCGGGGGGAAGCAGGGAGAGAGGAUUUACAGAAAGUUCCAGUAUCUUCUGAACCCAAGACAAGUCUACAACCUGGCUAAAAAUGGACCCAUGCCAGGGUUGAAUUUCUUCAGAGAUGUUCCUGAUUUCAGAGUGUUGGCCUGUGGAGGUGAUGGCACUGUGGGCUGGAUCCUGGACUUCAUUGAUAAGGCCAACCUGGACAAGAACCCCCCUGUGUGUAUACUUCCUCUUGGCACGGGCAACGACCUGGCAAGAUGUCUGCGAUGGGGAGGAGGCUAUGAGGGCGAAAGCCUCCUUAAGAUCCUGCGGGACAUUGAGAACAGUACAGAGGUGAUGCUGGAUCGCUGGAAGAUUGAUGUCACACCCACAGACAAGGAAGAGCGAGGGGACCCAGUGCCUUACAGCAUUAUAAACAACUACUUUUCCAUUGGAGUGGAUGCCUCAAUCGCACAUCGUUUCCAUGUUAUGAGAGAGAAGCACCCUGAGAAGUUUAACAGCAGAACAAAGAAUAAGCUGUGGUACUUUGAGUUCGGCACGUCGGAGACCUUUUCGGCCACAUGUAAGAAGCUCCACGACUUUCUGGAGGUUGAGUGUGAUGGUGUUACUCUGGACCUUAGCAGUAUUUCCUUGGAAGGCAUUGCCAUUCUCAACAUUCCCAGCAUGCAUGGUGGCUCCAACCUUUGGGGUGAAAGCAAGAAGAGGAGGGGCUACCGCAAGGGAGGAAAGAAGGGUCAAGACAAAAGGACACCUGUGCUCGACCCCAAAGAACUCAUGUUUGCGGUUCAAGACCUGUCUGACCAGCUCUUGGAGGUUGUGGGACUCGAAGGUGCCAUGGAGAUGGGUCAGAUCUACACUGGCCUGAAGAGCGCUGGACGACGCUUGGCACAGUGCUCCUCUGUGACUAUCAGAACCAGUAAAUCCCUUCCAAUGCAGAUUGAUGGUGAACCUUGGAUGCAGACUCCGUGCACUAUUGAGAUCGUUCACAAGAACCAAGCUCCCAUGCUAAUGGGACCACCACAAGGUCGAAGCUUCUUCUCUUCGCUGAUCAGACGAACUCGCACUGAGAGCAAAGACUGAACCUUCAAGACCUCCGAGUGCUCACACACACCUGCAGGGCAGUAGUCACCGGUUGAUCUUAGCUGGGCCUGUUUGUAAAGGAGCCCUUUGUCUGAUUGAUAGCCCAGCAUACAGUAGCAAAGUGUAGGAUCAGGAUGUGUCGCCUGCAGCAUGGAGAUGUCACUGAGAAGCCCACAUUGAAUCCAAAGCGAGGCGAGUUUAGGACUGACACUUUCUUCUACAGUCUGUGGUGUAAUUUCGCUCCAAAAAUAUUGAAGCUAUUUAUGGAAGUUCACUUCUGUUCUUCUAUUUUCUAAACUUCUGUUUUUAUUUUUGCUGUUGUGCUCUGUGCCAUGUGUAACAAGCCCACCGCUGAAUGUGUUUUGUGAGAUGUAUUUAUUUAUUUAUUUAUUUAUUCAUAUUUAACUGCUAUUGAUGUUUUCUAAUGUUUUAUUUUUGUAUUUGCAUACCCCUGAUGCAUGAUGGACAGUGAAAGAGGCUGGUGCUGUUGGAGAUGACAUAUCUGGAGUUUGCAUCUGAUUUUUCCCAAAGUGUUUAGUAAAAAGUGAAGUGUCUCUACCCGACAUCUCUUCUACGCUUCAGUCAUGAAUGGCUUCAAAUAGUGCAAAGACAGAGAAUCUGCUUUCGUUUCAUGUUUCCUGCAAGUCAUCCUUGUCAUGUUUUGAUUGGCUGUUUUGCUUCUCCGUCAGUGGAAAGAUUAGGAAUGAUUAUUGAUUGCUCAUAAAAAAUGCAUGACACUCUUUGUUUUACGUUGCACGAGAGAUUUCCAGACAGUUUUACCAGAUCUGUGCACACUUUCUGUUGCAUGAGUGACCAUGAUCUCUUUUGACACUUAUGGAAAUUGAUCAUUUUUGAAUCUGCAUCUACAGCACAGCUCUGUUUCAACCACAUCAUCAUUUAUUUGCAUUUUUAUGGGAUCCUGUGCUUUCUUAACAGGUACUCAGGCAUAUUAGAAUGAAAAUCUUUGAAAAGCCACAGAAAACAACAAUAUUUAUCUUGUAUAGUACAAGCACUUGUAUAGUUAUGUUCACAAGAAGCAGCUUGGUAACUGAUGUUUG